UUCACCACCCUAAAACUGCAGCGACAUCAAAAACAAAGAGACAACCAUGAAGAGCCUUAUAGUCCCCAUCCUACUCCUAGCCCUCUCACUUCUCUUCGUCCUUGGCCAGGCUGACCUCCCAUGCCAAACGGUGCGGCAGAAGGUGACCGCAUGUGCGAUGUUUGCGACGGGGCGGGCCCCGAAGCCUUCACAGGCAUGCUGUGCUGGGGUGAAGCAGAUCGCACAGAGUGUGAGAUCCGCGAAUGACAAGAGGGCCAUCUGCAGGUGCCUCAAGGAUGGGGUCAAGUCCUUCCCUGGCCUUCAGGACCAGCUACUGGGGCAGAUCCCCGCCGCCUGCCGCGUGAGGGUCGGGUUUCCCAUUUCCAUGAACACCAACUGCAACGCGAUCCAUUGAUGGCAGAGGAGUCGAUAUGGAUUUAUGAUUGGCUUCAGCGUCCCGCAAUAUGGAUAAUUGAAUAGAGAAAGAGAAAGAGAUUAGAAUAAAACAUAUGGGUCUUUUUGCAAAGACCUACUGAAGCCUCUCAUAAUGUAAUCUUCCCUUCACUUCAAUCAAUCAGUUGAGCUUUGUCAAUGACACUCUUUACAUGAGUUGAAGUCUUUCACAUGCAAAUUAAAAUCA